CAGCUAACUUAGUUUCGUCGGGACCAACAAGGGUUAGCAUACAAGAAUUUUACCUAUUGUCCAUUAACUCACUCCAAGGAAAAGUGGCAUUCCCCAGGAUUUAAUAGCAAGGGAAAUAUUAACCCUUGAUAGAGUUUCCUAAAAAUUUGUAACAAGGGUUAUUUUUUGGGGUUUAGAAUUUAGAAACCCCUGCUAGGUAGAACAUAAUUUUCCUCCUAGCUCUCUUCCAUUCCCCAGUUUACGACCUGGAAAAAUCCUAAAUUGACCAUCCCUUUUCGACGCCUUCUGCAUUUACUCUCCCAUUCAUCCACUUCUCUAGCCGUCAUCGUGAAAGACCCCUAAAGGAAACGAACCUCAAAAUCUCCACUCUGCUCCUCGCCGAGACAAAUUUGCGAUUACCUUGAGCCUCUGAGUCUCUGACCGCCAGCAUUGAUUCUCUUCAUCGCAAGUGCCAUAAUCUCCGUCGCUUGGGUCAUUAACUUCAAUGCUUCCAUUCAAGCUAUUUCCCUCCUUCUCCAGCAACACGAUUUUACGAAACUCGUAGUGUUGAUUCACUAGGGUUUGAUUGUGAUACAAGGCCACAAAAAGCAUCAAUUUCGACAAUCGAUGAGCAUAUCUGGAAGAUUGACGGGAAACCUACCAUGGCAAUAUUGAUUUGCAGAAUCAACUUCUUCUCAUUAGAGGAAGAUAUUAUGCUUAGAUUGAUUUUCACGAUGUUCUCCAUCGCCGUCUCCAACCAAUUAUAAAAAGAUUGAAAUUCUGGUAGAGGAAGGCGAAUUUGAUUUCUAAAGACGCCACUCUGUUGACCUCGGUCCUCCACUUGUCUUCCUCUACGCUGUCGACCUCUCAAUUCUCUCGUUCCUCCUUUCUAGUUGAAGUUGGAGAUGUCAAUUCUCUUUAUCGUUGGCAUCUUCGAACUGAUGGGCUCCUAAUUCCUUCAAUGGAUUUUCAGUUAUUCCUAUUUGAAGGAAGGAUGUAGGUUAUCUGCAGUACACCCAAGUUCUUUGGAUUUUGGGUAUGUUCUUGACCUGAGGUACCUUGAUUUUGUCAGAUUUCAAUCGUAAUUAAUGACUACUUUGGAACAUGAACUUCUUCUUAUCUCCUAGCUCUGCUUAUAUAGUUGUCAAAGAAUGUUCUGUGUUAGUUGUUGUUUCAUUCUAAUGAUGCUUAUGGGUAGGAUAUUCUAUUUGAAUAAGAGCUUUGUUAACUAGAAGAGGAUCUAAUGGUGGUGGAUUGGUUCUCCUUUAGUUUAUGGCAUUGAGUGAAUUUGACAAUAGGUGGGAGUUUUGUAAAUUUGCAAGCAGCUGAAUGACAAUGAGUUCACUGCAGUGUUAUUUCCCUUCCACACUUAAUUGUAAUAAUAGUAGAUAAUGAGAUAUCAAUAUGAACCCGUUUGCACCGAUGUUUGAUUAUUGCAUGACUGGUUUGGUUAGCUAUAGAAAGCAUUUGGUUCCUUAAUGCUUAUGUCAUUUUGCAACAUGUAGCUUGUAAGGAGCCAUAACCUUUGCAUAUGAUAUAUAUGCGACAGGUUUUAGAAGAAUGGGUGUAUGUGUUGGCCAUCAUUUUGGUGGUAGUAAUUAUAUCUCUUACAUCUAAAUGGUAGAAUUAGUAUUUAUAUUUCCUAUUUUUGAUACUCAAGAAUACUCAUCUGACUAUUGCCAAAAUGAGAACAUGUUUCUGAUUGCUACUUCUAAAUUUGUUCAGGUUUCCUGUAUUUGCAUCGAAUUCUGGGUCGGCCGCUUAGCUUAGGACAAACAUUUCAUCGUACAGGUUCAAUGUGGUAUACAGUCUAAGCCUAAUAACUUUGAUUUGAAUUAAUUUUAUAUUAUUAUCAAGGUUAGUUGAAGAUGUUGGUUUUCUUCCAUUGUUCUUGAGUUCAGGAGAGCACAGACAUCUAAGUGAACUUGUAUGAAUUAGGAUACAUGGCGGGAAGAGCAAUUGGGUCAUGUAUGAGUACUUCCCCAUAUGAUGUAAAUACAUCUUGCUGUGUCACGGAAGAUCCUCCUGUCUAUUUCGUCUGUCAGUUUCCCAAGAUUGGACUGCGUAUCACUUUUCCUGAUUCCCUUUGCUCAUAUGCACCAAAACCAGAUUGUCCAUUAAUUAAGGUUUAUGUUCGGAAAAUAGCUGUGCAAGCUCCUUUUGCCUCGAUGACGAAAAUGAUCCAAACCACUACUGUGGACGGGUCCUUACCUAUCCCACAAUAAAUGACUUGCUUCAUUAGAAUGGAGGUCUGUUUCCUCUGCAGCUCCUCAUUUUGAUCGUGUUACUAUGUUGUAGAUGUGUUAUCCUACUCAAUUUCAUAAGAAUGGAGGUCUGUUUCCUCUACUUCACUUGUCAUCUUAAUUAUACGUUUGAAACCCUUAGUGACUCCUGUAUGCUUCAGUUUUUCUUGCUUUGCAUAUAACUGAAAUGGUUAUCAAUUUUCACUUCAGGUGGGAAUGAAAUAACUAGGUUCGGUGGGCUACCAAGGAGAGGUGCUUGUGAAAGGCGAAAGAUAUUUCAAGGGGUAUUUUUCUUUGGCUUUAAAGAUGUUAGAUCCUGAGUAGAUGAUUAGGUUCUUUGGAGUACAUAGGAUAUUAUGAGUAGUAAACUAUGUUUCUUUGG